AUGGGUAUUUUAAAUUGGGGAUUUAGAUGUAGCGUAAAAGUUCAUCAAAAAGAAGAUACAAUCACUUUAAAAUCUGCAAAAGGUGAAAUUAAGUUUACUGAAUUUGCUAAAGAAUUAUCAUUAAUUGAUCCAAAUAAAAAAGUUUGGUUAAAUCCAUUACUUUUCAAUGGUUCAUUACAAACUUUAUAUUAUACAUCAUGGGAUCAUUCAAAAAGAUUUCAUGUUUAUUAUGGUAGAGAAAUCUUUACUUACGCUGAUGGUGGUAUUUGUUCAUUAGAUUGGGUUAUUCCAAAACAUGAUAAUUUUCAAGAACUUUAUUUACAAACUUUUUUAAAAGGUUCACCAAAAUUACCUCCAAGAACAAGAUUUUUAAGUGCCGAAGAACGUACUAGCUUAUAUUCAAAAACGGUUGAAACUCCAAUUGUUGUAAUUAUUCAUGGUUUAGCUGGUGGCUCACAUGAAACAAUUACUCGUAAUUUUGCGGAAAACUUACAUAAACAUUGUAAUGGUUGGGAUGUAGUUGUUAUCAAUAGUAGAGGAUGUUGUAGAACAAUUUUAACAACUAGUUCUCCAUUUACUGCAGCUUCAACUGGUGAUAUUAGAGAUGUUUUAAAAACUUUUAAAAAAAAUUGGCCACAUAGACCAAUUUAUUUAAAUGGAUUUUCUUAUGGUGCUUCAUUGGUUGCUAAUUUUCUUGGUGAAGAAGGUGAUUCUGGUUUAGUUACUGCUGCUUGUGGUGUUUCAAUGCCUUUUGAUUAUAUUGACAGUCUUUAUCAUAUUCAAUCUUCAUUAACUGGUAAAUAUAUUUUAAGUCCAGCAAUGGCUUACUUUAUGACUAAGAUUAUUUUCAAUAACAAAAAAGAAUUAGUACAACAUUGUGAUAUUGUUGAUGAAGAAUUGUUAAGGAAAUUAAAAGUCAUUCAAAAUACUUAUGAAUUUGAUGAUUUAUUUACGUGUAAAAUUCAUUCAUAUCCAAAUGCUUUUGAUUAUUAUAGAGAAUGGUCGCCAGUUAGAAGAAUUUUAAACAUUAAAACACCAUUCUUAAUGUUAAAUUCAACUGAUGAUCCAGCUGUUAGUGUUAGAUUACCAAUUAGAGAUGUUGAAACAAAUCCUUACUUAUUAUUAGUUGAAACUGAUUUAGGUGGUCAUACAGGUAAUGUUAAAAUGAAUGGUGAUUUUUGGUGUGUUGAAGUUGCAGAACAAUACUUUCAAAAGUUUUAUCAAUUUACUGCAUAA